AUGAAGUUUACCACAUUCGCAGGAUUUGUGCGCCGUAAUCCGGCAGAACGCAAUGAACCAUAUUCAUUUGUGUGUCGCGGUGGAUCUCUAGGAUGGCUGAAUUUGGAAACCGGUAAAACGAACACUCAGCCGGGUGGCUGCAUACCGGUCUGCAAGGAAAUCACUCACGUUUACGAGGGUACACUUAUCAAAAGACAACCAAAACUCAAAGUUUCAUUUGACGGUAUCGAACAUAUCAUACCCGGUGCCAUAUACACUUUCCAGUGUGCUCAAGGCUACGAAUAUCCACCGUCAACACCGUACAGCAAAACGAAUCAACAGCAAAUCUUCUGUGCUGGCGGAUCGGCUGGCUAUCGUGAUAUGAGCACUGGAGCCUUCAAUGCGAAGCCGUUUCCGUGUCAAAAGGCUGGUGCGAAAGGUUGUGACCCAAUCGCUCCUUCACCUGGUAGGAUAUUGUAUCCAGACAAGCGUGACUGUGACUAUGAGGACGGAAAGAAACCGAAAGGGUGCCGUGUUCGAGUGCAAUGCGAGCAAGGAUAUUAUCCGCAGUACAUGGGUAAUGAAUUCAGUCCGGUGCCACUUAUUCAAAAACUUCGUUGCGCUGCUGGAAUGGAUGGUUGGGUGAACGAAGAAACCGGUCAGAAAAAUGCCACUGCAAUGAAAUGCCUACCAGGAUGUAUCGUGAAAUCUGAAGAAGUGUCCAGGAGCGUUAUAUUUGUUAACGACGAUAGACCGAAUAUCGUCUACAGGUCUAAUGUAACUGUAUAUAAAGUUGGAGCUCAAGUAACUAUAAAAUGCACUGGUGAUUUCGUGAUGGGAACGCUUCAAGAACGUAACAGUGGUUCGGUGACAUUCAAAUGUAUUGGCGGUGCAUCGAAAUGGCAAAACUUAGUGACUAAAGCUGAUGGAAUGGACAUUAAUGGCUGCUUGAGUACCUGUAUAGCAUUCAAGGAUCCUCCACAAGGAACGUUGUUUGCAUCGUAUCCGGAUUUGUUCUAUCAAGACGGUGCUAUGCGAGUUGUGCAAGGUGGAAAAUAUGAAUUCAAAUGUGCCGAAGGCUAUCAAUACCCACAAAAUAGUCCUCACAGUAGAACAGGACGUGAAACACUUAUCUGUCGUGAACGAGGGCCAUCGUCAACAGGAUAUUUCGACCCGCUCACACAAAAUUUUGUUAAUCAGAUAGAUGUAUGUGUCCGAGGCGAAACACCGGGAUGCUCGAAAAUAAAUAAACAAUUUGCACCUGAACACACAAAAGUAAUCGAGAUGAUUAAUUGCGCAGAAGAAAACGGUAAAACUUCGAUUGGUUGCACUGUAAUGCUGGAAUGUGAGGAUGGUUUUGCGGCAACACAAGAUUCGUACAAAAUCAGUGGAACGCAAGAGUUGGUAUGCGUGGAUGACGGAGCAAAAUCCUCAUGGCAUGACAAGAGGACCAAUAGAGUGACUGAUUUCAUUCAGUGUCAAGCAGCUUGCCCACGCUUAUCGACAACAAAUAGCAUUAUGAUAAAAUCAGAUCAAAUAUGGGUUAUAAAUGGUGAUAAAUAUUUCUAUCAACCUGGCUCAACAAUGACAAUCAAAUGUGCACCAGGUACAAUUAGUGUGGAGGAAACACAAAAAGUAGAGGAAACACAAAAAACGAAAGAAUACAGAUGUGAAGGUGGUAACGUGGGAUGGCUUCAUUUGGAAUCUGGCACCAAUGUCCAGUGGCCUGGUGAAUCGUGUAAGGCCACGUGUGAAGUGAUCGAUCGACAAGAAGGAUUCAUAAUGUUACAAAAUGCCACUUUCUUCACGUAUCGCGGCGAGCAAUACGCUCUCGGCAAAACAGCGUUUGUCUACCAAUGUAAACCAGGAUAUGUAUACGCACAAGGAUCAGCACAUCUUGAAAGCAAGAAGCAAACGAUAAUGUGCAAUGGUGAUACGAGACGGUAUGAAGAUGUUGAAUCACGAUCGACUGAUCCGCAACCUGAGCAAUGUGUCAGACCACCAAAUGCCAAUGAGUGUAAGGUGAAGCAACUUCCUUACAAAGUCUGUCUUUUAGCAUUGAAGUCCUAG